AUGCGGCCUGUGCCUGCGCUUGCGCAUGUGCUCGUUAUAGUGGCGCUCACCCAGCUAGUGUGCCAAUGCUUUGUCAGCACCAAAUAUCAAGUACAGCUGGACCACAGCAUACCUAUCGAGUUCCUCCACAACGACCUUUCGCACAAGUACACCAAUGUAACCAUCGGCAAUGACUCCUUUUUGUGCCUCUUCGGAAAAUCAAACAAGUUUGGUGAUGUUAGAGAUGGGGGGGCAACUCCUUCCUAUCAGGAUGAGGCGGAAGGGGUAACCCUCUCUCGGUGUGAUGAUCUGGACGCAUUAACAAAGGGAAGAGGGGAAGCACCUCAGGGGAUGAACAGGUACGUGGAGGAAAAACUACAUCGGAACAAUUACCUCUUGAAGUAUGCUGAGGGGCAAGGAAUGUAUUACGAGUUGCAUAGACAAAAUGACCCCCCUUCGUCAGGCACAUGGGGAUGGGGGGCACCCCAAAUGGUUGGAAGUAACAUACAAGGGGGAGAAACCACCCGCAAAGAAGGAGGAGCAGCAGCAGAAGAAGCAAUAAAGAGAGACCACACAGGAAGGAUGGGGUCUCCAAAGAAGCACAGCUUUAACAAAAUCAGCACAGCUCAACAAAAGAAAAACAGACGCCUAGCCAUACAGUGUAAUUUCCAAAAAAUGUACGACUACAUUUUUUACAAACACAAAUUCAAUGUGUAUCAUAAAAACAGAACUUAUGAAAACGUGAAUGAACAAGUCAUACUAAAAAAUCAUAUGAUAAAGGGGAAAAUGCUAACCAUAAAAAAUGAAUGCAUUGAUGCGUUUACACCGUCCAGUGAGAAUGAACUGAAAAUCUGCCUGAACAGAUCCAUAUCAUUUGUUUCGAAAAGGUAUGAUGAUCAGAAAAAAAACCCAAGUAAAAAUGAAAAACACACAUGCAUUUGUAGUUACCAGAAUGACAAAGACCUACUCUUCGCUAACAACACCGUAGUUCAGUACUACAGCGAUGGGACGUAUUUCUUCGAAGUCCUUUUCAUAUGUGGGAACAAUAAUUUACGAGUUAAUAGCUUCGAAAAAUUGCAUCGAAAUUAUUUCCCCUUGAUUUUCCAAAUAUAUGAACAUGUUCAGACGAAUUUGACCAAAAUGUACAAAAUUAUUCUGAACAGAUGGACAAACAACCAGCCUUAUUUUUUUAAAACAUGUUCCAUGUACAAAUACAAUGAGAAUUACUACAGAGCAUUAAAGGAUAAGCUAAAUAAAAUGUUGAAUGCAUUUUUUCCAAAGGUAACACACCUCUACCGAGUAACUCUAAGUGCCUACAUGUUCUGUGAUUACACAGACAAGGUAAACCCACCAAAUCAUUUAUUGCUAAAAGGACUAAUGAACAAGUGCUUCCAGUUCAAUAAGCAUGACGAAUAUAUUUACGAAGUCUGCUUACCCAACAGUGUCAUUCGAUAUGAGAAGGAUCAAUUUGAUAGAAUAAAAUACCCCCUUACUUUGCUUGGAGCUUCUGAUCGCUCCACAAAUGAAGGAAAACCUUUUUUCGAAAAAAUGUAUGAUGCGUUUCCUGUUCUCAAAAUGAAUUAUAGGCUGCGUAAAGAUGCAGAGAAUUAUCUGAAGACACAAAAGGGGGCAAUUACUCAAUCGGCUGUUAUAUCAAUUACGGGGCAGGACGACAUUGAUCAUACGUCUGUCUUGUCUGGGGGGUAUUUCCCCCUGCAGGGUUAUCCCCCUUCUGCGGACCAUAUCUCUGCCGCAUCCAUUUUGGCGUCCACCUCAGCGAAUGCCCUUUCGUCGUCGUCGCCUUUUUCUGCCUCCCCGUCGGAGUACACUCAGAAUGGUGGUCAUAUUGGAAGUAGCAGCGGUAGUAGUAGUAGUAGUAGUAGCGGCCGUAGCGGCGGUAGUGCUGAUGGACGUGGCCACAAUGCCCACCCGCUCCUAGCGACCUUCAAAGCCACAAUUACAUCCCUGAACGAGACAACCACCCCCCCUCCCUACUUCUCUUUUCCCACGGACCGAAUUCCAUACGUAAGCACAUACAUGAUAGACAGGCCAGUGGAAAUUUUAAAAUACGGAAACGAAAACUUCUACAAAUCUUUAGCGGUUGAUUUGAAGGGAGAACGGUGCACAGACACUCUUGGUGAUGUACACGAUUACAUAACGACCAUCUACUUCGAUUGCUCGUUGCAUUACCAGAACGAGACGCAGACAAGCAUAGUAAACAUAUUCCAGACCACGGAGUGCCACUACUACGUGCAUGUGUCGUCUCCCAUUCUUUGCGCCCACCCGACCCUGCACACGUCCUUGAAAUCGCAGAACGAAGUCAUACGGUGUUUUAGAAAUGUGUUCGCAGCGAGCGCCCAGAGGGUGGGUCGCUCGAAAGGAAGAAGCGGACGAAGUAGUGCCUCCGCCAGCCUCGGCGAGGGAGAAUCCGCGCUAGACGAUCCCUACCUCAGUGAAGCAGACAAGCUAUACCUGCACCAGUUUCAGGAAAAAAAAAAAAAAAUGCUGCAGAAAAAAAACAUGCACACACUCGAAUCCGUGCCCAAGAACACUAAAAUGGAGUUCGGCGUAAAAUAUGACUUUGGGUUAGGAAAUUAUAUACGCAAAAGAGUGUACAAAGGAACCCCCAUUUUUCAUAUUGGCAACAUUGUGAGGCAUCGAUACUGGAAUUACGAAGCAGUGGUGGUCAGCUGGGAUUACAUGUGCUACGCGCCAGAAGAGUGGAAAUAUCAUUUCUUUUUAGAGUACCCAACCGAAGUUCAAAACUCUGUGCAUUACCUCCUUCUGGUUAAUAAAGACGGGAAAAAAGGAGGCACAAUUUUGCAUGACCGUUCAGCUUACACGGACCAUCCUAACAAACGUACAGAAACAUCACACGCAAGACAGGCUAAACAUGCAACUGCUGACCUGGCGUGGGAAAACGUACGGCUCAACGUGAACGAAGAACAGCCAUUGCAUGAUGACCACUUCAACUUUGCUUACGUUCCCGAGUCCAGUUUGAUGUAUGGAGAGAACAUGAUUUACAGCGAAUAUUUGUCGCAAUUUUUCGAACAGUACAAUUCCUUUUUUCAUUUUUACAUUCCCAAAAAGGAUCAUAUAAUUUGGAAGCUUUUCCCGUACGACUUCUUCAACCUUAUAUAUUGA